CAUAUAGUUAAAAGAGACUGCAGAGCCAACCAAGGAUGAGAGUGGGGGAACUAUUGAACCAAAGCAGUUUCUGGUAAAAUGACUGGAAAAUGCUGUUGAGUGGGUAUUGCCAAGUUAUUUUGUGAGCAACAAAUAGAGAUUAUCGACAAUGAAGGUCGACAGAAGCAAGUUAAAGAAAACACCGACGGAAGCUCCUGCGGACUGCAGGAUACUUAUCGAGAAGCUCAAGGCAUGCAGUGAUGAGCAGCUGCUGGUUGAGCUCCAGCACAUCAAGACCUGGAAUAUUGGCAAGUGUGAGCUUUACCACUGGGUUGAUCUGCUGGACCGCUUUGAUGGCAUUCUGUGCGAUGCAGGCCAGACAGUGGAGAACAUGUCAUGGCUGCUGGUGUGUGACCGUCCAGACAACAGCCAGCUCAAAGCCCUGCUUCUGGCAGUGCUCAACUUCACAGCCUUGCUCAUUGAGUAUAGCUUCUCUAGGCACCUCUACAGCUCCAUAGAGCACUUAACCACCUUGUUAGCGUCAUGUGACAUGCAGGUGGUCCUGUCUGUGCUGAACCUGCUCUAUGUGUUCAGUAAACGUUCCAACUACAUCACAAGACUGGGAUCCGACAAAAGGACUCCUCUACUGGCCCGCCUGCAACACCUAGCCGAGAGCUGGGGAGGAAAAGAGAAUGGCUUUGGUCUAGCGGAGUGCUGCAGGGAUCUGCCAAUGGGGAAGUACCCCCCCAGUGCCACCACACUGCACUUUGAGUUUUAUGCGGAACCAGGCCCUGAGGUCAAAGUAGAGAGAAAGACAAGUAGUAACACACUACACUAUAUUCACAUCGAGCAGCUUGACAAGAUUUCAGAGAGCCCAUCUGAGAUCAUGGAGUCGCUGACAGUGAUGUACAACAUCCCUAAAGACAAGCAAACCCUGCUGUUCACACACAUUCGACUGGCCCAUGGUUUCUCAAAUCAUAAGAAGAGGUUGCAAGCUGUGCAGGCUCGACUGCAUGCAAUUUCUAUACUGGUGUAUUCAAAUGCACUCCAAGAGUCAGCCAACAGUAUUCUGUACAAUGGCUUGAUAGAGGAGCUUGUGGAUGUAUUACAAAUUACAGACAAACAGCUUGUGGAUAUCAAGGCAGCCUCUUUGCGCACUUUAACUUCGAUUGUCCAUUUGGAGAGGACGCCUAAGCUUUCAAACAUCAUCGACUGCACCGGCACUGCCUCCUACCAUGGGUUUCUGCCUGUGUUGGUGCGAAACUGUAUACAGGCAAUGAUAGAUCCACUGAUGGAGCCCUACCCACACCAAUUUGCCACUGCACUCUUCUCAUUCCUCUACCACUUGGCUAGCUAUGAUGCUGGAGGGGAAGCCCUAGUCUCCUGUGGCAUGAUGGAAGCCCUCUUAAAGGUGAUCAAGUUUCUGGGGGAUGAGCAGGACCAGAUCACCUUUGUGACACGAGCAGUGCGAGUUGUGGAUCUCAUCACCAACCUCGACAUGGCUGCCUUUCAGUCCCACAGCGGCCUUUCCAUUUUCAUUUGCAGGCUGGAGCAUGAGGUGGACCUGUCAAGGAAAGAGUGCCCUUUUGUCAUCAAGCCAAAGAUUCAGAGGCCUAGUGCAGCUGUGGAGUCUGAAGACAUGGACACAGACAUGGAGAUGUCAGAAGUUGCCAUGGAAAGCAGCCCCGGACCGUCCACAUCCUCUGGUUCCAGACCAGAGGCGGACCAUCGAGCACAGAGCAGCACUCCUAACACGCCUCGUGCAGGUAUGCAGUGUAUCCCUCAGCGGGCAGCUCUGUUGAAAUCGAUGCUAAAUUUCUUGAAGAAAGCCAUCCAGGACCCUGCCUUUUCUGAUGGAAUCCGUCAUGUAAUGGAUGGGUCCUUGCCUACCUCACUCAAGCACAUCAUCAGUAAUGCAGAGUACUAUGGCCCUUCACUGUUCCUCUUAGCAACAGAGGUUGUGACGGUGUUCGUGUUCCAGGAGCCAUCCCUGCUCUCAUCCCUGCAGGAUAAUGGUCUCACUGAUGUCAUGCUGCAUGCCCUUCUUAUCAAAGACGUUCCUGCUACCCGUGAGGUGUUGGGUUCCCUCCCAAACGUGUUCAGUGCCCUGUGCUUGAAUGCAAGAGGCCUGCACUCCUUCGUUCAGUGCCAGCCCUUUGAGCGCCUCUUCAAAGUGCUUUUGUCUCCUGACUACCUGCCUGCCAUGCGACGGCGACGCAGCUCUGACCCACUGGGUGACACUGCUUCUAACUUGGGGAGUGCAGUGGAUGAGCUCAUGAGGCACCAGCCCACUUUGAAGACGGAUGCUACUACUGCCAUUAUCAAGUUACUGGAGGAGAUCUGCAACUUGGGUCGAGCCCCAGAGUACAUCUGUCAGAAACCAUCAAUCCAGAAAGCAGAUGGCACUGUGGCGGUGCCGCCAGCACGCUCAAGCCACGCUGCUGAAGAAGCGUCCAGUGAGGAUGAAGAGGAAGAAGAGGCCCUCCACACGUUCAGCCAGCAGCAGGGGGAACCAGAGAGCAACAGACAGGUGGUGGGAACUGAAGAGCGGAUCCCCUUCCAUUAAUGGAUACAUUUGAAUGUGAUGAAGUUUGUGGAAUCUAUCCUGAGCAACACAACAGACGACCACUGUCAGGAGUUUGUGAACCAGAAGGGUCUGCUGCCUCUGGUUUCUACUGGCCUGCCCAACUUGCCCAUAGAUUUCCCCACCUCUGCUGCCUGCCAGGCUGUGGCUGGUGUCUGCAAGUCAAUACUGACUCUCUCACAUGAGCCUAAAGUACUCCAGGAGGGACUGUGCCAACUGGACAGUAUCCUGACUUCUCUGGAGCCACUUCACCGACCAAUUGAGAUGCCCGGUGGGUCUGUGCUUCUCCGAGAGCUCGCUAACGCUGGACAUGUCACCGACGCCACGCUGUCAGCCCGGGCCACACCACUGCUCCACGCUCUCACUGCAGCCCAUGCCUACAUCCUCAUGUUUGUGCACACCUGCAGAGUAGGACAGAGUGAGAUCAGAGCUAUCUCAGUCAACCAGUGGGGCUCCCAGCUUGGCUUGAGUGUUCUCAACAAGCUCAGCCAGCUGUACUGCUCUCUGGUGUGGGAGAGCACUGUGCUGCUGUCCCUUUGCACACCUAACAGUCUGCCUCCAGGUUGUGAAUUUGGCCAGGCAGACAUGCAGAAACUGGUACCCAAAGAAGAGAAACCAUCCAGCAGCACUGCAACAACAGCAGCCUCUGGCUCCAGGAAAACUGAGUCUGAGGCAGUGACUGUGGAUUCAUCUGCUGGUGGACUUUUGGAAGGCAUGGGUCUAGAUGGGGACACCUUGGCUCCCAUGGAGACGGACGAACCCACUGCAUCAGAUCCAAAGGCUAAGUCCAAACUCACUCCAGCUAUGGCCACACGCAUAAAGCAGAUAAAACCGCUCCUCUCUGCCUCAUCUCGACUAGGUAGAGCUCUGGCUGAGCUCUUUGGCCUGCUUGUGAAGCUGUGUGUUGGCUCCCCAGUGCGUCAACGCCGCUCACACCAUGCCACAAGCACAGGCACAACCCCAACGCCUGCUGCCAGGGCCACUGCUUCUGCACUCACAAAGCUCCUAACUAAGGGUCUGAGUUGGCAGCCCCCACCUUACACCCCCACCCCUCGGUUUAGGCUGACCUUCUUUAUCUGCUCUGUGGGCUUCACGUCUCCCAUGCUGUUUGACGAGAGGAAGUACCCAUACCACCUCAUGUUGCAAAAGUUCUUCUGCUCUGGAGGUCAUGACGCCUUAUUUGAGACAUUUAACUGGGCCCUGUCGAUGGGUGGGAAGGUGCCUGUGUCUGAGGGUCUGGAGCAUACUGAUCUACCAGAUGGAACUGGGGAGUUUUUGGAUGCCUGGUUGAUGCUAGUGGAGAAGAUGGUGAACCCAAGCACAGUGCUGGACUCACCCCAUUCCCUGCCAGCCAAGAUGCCCGGAGUCACUCCCACCAUGCCCCAGUUCAGUGCCCUACGGUUUCUUAUUGUCACCCAAAAGGCUGCAUUCAGCUGCAUCCGCAACUUGUGGAAUAGGAAGCCGCUGAAGGUGUAUGGAGGCCGGAUGGCUGAAUCCAUGCUGGCCAUCCUCUGUCACAUUCUGAGAGGAGAACCUGUAAUACAGGAGCGCCUGGCCAAGGAGAGAGAGGGCACAGUACGUCCGGAAGAAGAGGCAGCCCCCACUGAUUCAACUAAUUCAACCCCUCGCCGUGAGCCCCAGGUGAACCAGGCUCAGCUAACACAGCUGAUGGAUAUGGGUUUCUCAAGAGAGCAUGCCAUGGAGGCCCUGCUGAACACCAGCACCAUGGAGCAGGCCACUGAGUACCUACUUACUCACCCUCCACCGCUUCUUGGAGGAGCAGUGAGAGACUUGACUAUGUCUGAAGAGGAUCAGAUGAUGAGGGCCAUCGCCAUGUCACUCGGGCAAGAGGUCAGCAUGGAGCAACGCUCCGACUCACCUGAGGAAGCCGCACGCCGACGGGAGGAAGAGGACAGGAGAGCAAGGGAGCGGGCAGAGGAGGAGGAGGCCCGCUGCUUGGAGCGCUUCAUGGAGGCCGAGCCUCUGGACCCCAAGGAGCUGCAUACCUUCACUGACUCCAUGCUGCCUGGCUGCUUCCACCUUCUCGAUGAGCUUCCUGACACAGUCUACCGUCUCUGUGACCUGCUGAUGACUGCCAUUAAAAGGAGUGGUCCAGAGUACAGAGAUCUUCUUCUUGGUCAGGUUGUCCACCAGGUGUGGGACGCAGCAGACGUGCUGAUCAGGGCAGCUGAGCCCCUGACUACUAGUGACACAAAGACGGUGUCUGAGUGGACCAGACAGAUGGCCACUCUGCAGGCCUCCAAGCUGGCUACACGGAUUCUGCUGCUUACAUUGCUCUUUGAGGAACUGAAGCUGUUUGGUGCCAGAGUGGUGCAAAACAGUGGGAUCCUUGAAUUGCUCAUUAAGCUGCUUGAGGUUGUGCAGCCCUGUCUGCAGGCAGCUAAAGAACAGAAAGACAUCCAGACACCAAAAUGGAUCACGCCAGUGCUGUUGAUCAUUGACUUCUAUGAGAAGAUGGCAGUCUCCUCAAAGCGUAGGGAACAAAUGAACAAGUAUCUGCAGCCCAAUGGGAAUAACUGGCGAUGGUUUGAUGAUCGCUCAGGCCGUUGGUGCAGUUAUAGUGCAUCAAACAACAGCACUAUUGACUCAGCAUGGAGGGCUGGGGAGAGCAGUGUCCGCUUCACAGCUGGUCGUCGGAGAUACACUGUGCAGUUUAACACCAUGGUGCAGGUAAAUGAAGAGACAGGAAACAGGAGGCCAGUGAUGUUGACUGUUCAGAGAGUUCCUCGCCUGCCAAAACCUGCCAAGACUGGUAGCAUCACUGACUCUGAGAGAGAAGAGGGAGACAGGAGCAAAGUGGAGGAGACUCACACCGACUUGGACUCGGUGUCUGCAGUGGAGAUGAGUGCUCCAAAGGAUGAUUCCACCCCGGUGAAGGAGACCACAACAGGCCCCUCGUCCACUCUGGAUCCUGACAGCGCAGACAUUGUAGUUGAGGGCCUGACUGAGGACAUGACCACCGUUCUUAUCCGUGCAUGUGUCAGCAUGAUUAGUGUUCCUGUGGACCCAGACACCCUCCAUGCCACAUUGCGUCUCUGUUUGCGCCUAACACGCAAUCACCACUAUGCCAUGAUGUUUGCUGAGCUAAAGAGCACUCGGAUGAUUCUGGGGUUGACGCAGAGCUCAGGCUUCAAUGGCUUCACCCCGCUGGUCACUCUGCUGUUCAGACACAUCAUUGAAGACCCGGCAACGCUGCGGCACACCAUGGAAAAGGUGGUGAGGUCAGCGGUGACCAGUGGAGCUGGAAGCACCACCUCAGGAGUGGUGUCAGGCAGCCUUGGUUCCAGAGAAAUCAACUACAUCCUUCGAGUCCUGGGACCUGCAGCUUGCCGUAACCCCGAAUGCUUUGCUGAAACAGCAAGCAAUUGUGUCCGCAUUGCACUGCCUGCACCUCGGGGAGCUGGCACAGCAUCUGAUGAUGAGUUUGAGAACCUUCGGAUUAAGGGUCCCAAUGCAGUGCAGCUCGUCAAGACCACUCCUCUAAAACUGUCACCUCUACCACCCAUCCCUGAUACCAUCAAAGAGGUCAUCUACGACAUGCUCAAUGCGCUGGCCGCCUACCAUGCUCCCGAAGAACCUGAGCGUCCAGAAGAGCGUGCAGCAGCCGUGCCUGGUGGUCAAGACCUGUGCCAGAUACUGCAGGACGUUGGUGAUGACGUUUACCAGCAGUACAGACUCACCCGACAGGGCAGUGACUUUGACUCCCAGUCUGCAUUCCAUAUCAAUACUCAAGUGUUUGCUGCCGAUGGAGCUGUAGCGGAGUCUUCCCAGUCUGGCACACCGCAAGGUGAAGCCUCCACACCAGAAGAGAUGCGUGAGGAGAAAAAAGAACAGGAAGGAGAGAAGAGUACCAGCUCAGAGGAGAGUAAAGCAUCUAAGGUGAAGGCAAGCAAGCCUCUAAUGCCUACCUCCACCAUCCUGAGACUGCUGGCUGAACUUGUGCGCUCCUACGUGGGCAUUGCUACAUUAAUCGCCUCCUACUGCUACACUGCCGGACAGUCUGAGCUGAUUAAGGAGGACUGCAGUGUUCUUGCCUUUGUGCUCGACCACCUACUGCCCCAUACCCAGAAUUCAGAGGACAAGGACACUCCAGCUUUGGCACGCCUCUUCCUGGCCAGCCUUGCAGCUGCUGGCACUGGCACUGAUGCUCAGGUGGCCCUAGUCAAUGAGGUUAAGGCGGCCCUUAGUAGAGCACUGGCAAUGACAGAAGGUGCAGAGAAACAUGCCAGGCUUCAGGCAGUGAUGUGCAUAAUUAGCACCAUCAUGGAGUCCUGUCCCUCAACAUCCAGUUUCUACAGCACAGCAGCAGCCAAGACUCAACAUAACGGCAUGAACAACAUCAUCAGGCUCUUUCUCAAGAAAGGUCUGGUCAAUGACCUGGCUCGUGUGCCCCACAGCUUGGAUUUGUCCAGUCCCAACAUGGCCAACACAGUGAAUGCUGCCCUAAAGCCGCUGGAGACUCUGUCCCGCAUUGUUAACCAGCGCAGUCUGUUUGGAGGCAAAGGAGGCUCCAGCAAGAACAAGACUGAACAUGACCCAGUGGGUACUGCCAGAGACAGCAACAGCAACACUCAGGACCAAGGAGAGUCUGGAGAGGCAGAGCCAGUGGAGGGUAAUCAUAGGGUGCAGGGAACAGACAGCGACUUGAUGGAUGGAGAGACGGAGGGAGACACAGUAGUCAUUGCUGGUCAGCCAGAGGUUCUCAGCACACAGGCUAUGCAGGUGGAGAAUGAGCUUGUGGAUCUCAUUGAUGAGCUCCUGGAAAGAGAUGCUGGCACAGUCAACAGCACAAUUAUAGUGGGACGGAGCGGUGAAGAUGAAUCACAGGAGGAUGUUUUGAUGGAUGAGGCCCCCUCUAAUAUUAGCCAGGCAUCAACUCUGCAGGCCAACCGAGAAGACUCCAUGAACAUCCUAGAACCAGAGGAUGAGGAGCACACACAAGAGGAAGAUUCAAGUGGCAGCAACGAUGACGAAGACAGCCAGGAUGAAGAGGAGGAGGAAGAAGAAGAGGAGGAAGAGGAUCAGGAUGAUGAAGAGGGAGAUGAGGAUGAUGAUGACGAAGGUUCUGAAAUGGAGUUGGAUGAGGACUUCCCCGACAUCAAUGCUGCUCCACACAUCCGCUUCGAAAGGUUUGACAGGGAUGAUGACCUCAUCAUAGAGUUCGACAACAUGUUCUCCAACAAUGCUGACAUCCCUCCCUCCCCAGGCAACAUCCCCAGCUCCCACCCACUGAUGGUGCGCCACGCCGACCACGGUUCCCUCACUCUAGGUGUGGCAGGCACCAGCAGUCGCCUGGCACAAGGCAUGGGUCGCAGCCAGCGAACACUCCGUCAGCUCACUGCCAACAGCGGACACACAAUCCAUGUCCACUACCCUGGGAACCGCCAGCCCAACCCUCCACUCAUCUUGCAAAGAUUGUUGGGCCCCAGUGCUGCUGCAGACAUUUUACAGCUGUCCAGCUCUCUGCCUCUGCAAUCUCGUGGUCGUGCCCGUCUUUUGGUUGGAAAUGAGGAUGUGCACAUCAUUGCUCGUUCUGACGAUGAGUUGUUGGACGACUUUUUCCAUGAGCAGAGCAGUACAGGGGGACAAGCAGGAACCCUCUCUAGUAUUCCCACUGCCUUAACUCGAUGGACGGAUGAGUGUAAAGUGCUGGAUGCUGAGAGUAUGCAUGACUGUGUAGCAGUGGUGAAGGUGCCUAUCCUGCAGCAUCUGGAGAGCCUGAGGGAUGAGGAACUAGAAGAGCGUAGGGAGAAGCGAAGGAGACAGCUAGCUGAGGAGGAGGAGUCAAAGCAGAAUGAACGGAGGGCCUCUGGUGCCGAACAGGCCAGGGAGCAGAGCCUGCAGGGUUCUGGAUUGGGAACAGUCAAUGGAACAGAGAACACUGCAGAGGGCGAGCAGGCUCAGGGUGGCACUGUUCCAUGUCUGGAUCCACCCAGGGUCUCUGAGGGCUUCCUCACUGCUCCCCCAUCUGGAGAGGUCACUCCUACCACACCCGCUCCUCACGAACAGGCGCUGGUCUCCCUGGAGACUGCGAUCAGUCAGCAGGUGCACCAGCCAAUUGCCGACCUGCUGCUGGCUGAGUCUCAUGCCAGUUCACUGGCUGCUUUAGCAGGGGCAGGCCUUCCACCCUUGUCGACUGGCGACAGGCCAAACAGUGAAGCAGAGGCAUCUCAGAUGGAAAUGUCCCCGGCACCCACAAUCGGUGAGAGAGUCGGAGGAGGUGGUGGAGGAGGAGGAGCGUUGGAUGAAGGCAGGGAAGCUUCACUUAGUCCAGACAUUGUGGAGACGUCAGAGCCUGCAGUGGUGGGUGUGUCACAACUCGAAGGCUCCCCUAUGGAUACCAGCAGCCCUGCCUCUGCCACUCAGGAAGAAUCUGCUCCCAACCCUGCUCAGACCGCCCAGCUGUCUCAGGAGCUGUCCGGCAGUGGGGAGAGUGGACUGACUGACAGGCAGACAGAUGCAGAGACUGGCUCCACCUCUGUCUCAUCACCUGGGGAAACGAUGCCCAGGAGUGAUAGUGCUGAUAGCCAGUCUCAGGCCAUCCAGGAAGAGCCACUCCCAUCCACCAGUAACGAUGACGAGGACCCACUUGCAGGCAUCAGUCUGCCGGAGGGUGUGGACCCCUCUUUCCUGGCAGCUCUCCCAGAGGACAUCCGUAGAGAGGUGCUGCAGAACCAGCUUGGCAUCAGGCCACCUUCCCGUCCCCCUGUUGCCACCACCCUGCCUUCCACUGCUGCACCUGUUCUAGGAGGACCAGGGGUUACAGAGGUCAGCCCAGAGUUUCUGGCUGCUUUGCCACCUGCCAUCCAGGAAGAGGUUCUUGCCCAGCAACGGGCAGAGCAGCAGCGCAGGGAGCUAGCCCAACAGCCCUCACAGGGAGACACCCCUCUGGAUCCUGUCACCUUCAUCCAAACGCUGCCCUCAGAGCUCCGGCGUAGUGUCUUGGAGGACAUGGAGGACAGCGUGUUGGCUGUCAUGCCCCCUGACAUUGCUGCAGAAGCAGCCGCAUUGCGUAGAGAGCAAGAGGCACGCCAGAGGCAGCUGAUGCAUGAGAGGUUGUUUGGUCACAGCUCUUCAUCAGCCCUAUCGGCCAUCCUCCGCUCACCAGCAUUCACCAGUCGGUUAGGGAGCAAUCGUGGCGUCCAAUACACUCGUCUGGCUGUGCAGCGAGGAGGCACUUUCCAGAUGGGUGGAGGAACAAACCACAGACCAUCCAGUUCCAAUGUGGACUCCUUGUUGAGACUGCGUGGUCGAUUGCUGCUGGACCAUGAAGCUUUGUCCUGCCUGUUAGUUCUGUUGUUUGUGGAUGAGCCGAAGCUCAACACCAGCCGUCUGCACCGUGUGCUCAGGAACCUCUGCUACCACUCACAGACACGUGGGUGGGUCAUUCGCAGCCUGUUAUCCAUCCUCCAGCGCAGCAGUGAGAGUGAGGUGUGUGUGGAGAGCUCACGUUUGGAAGAUUCUCGAGGCAAACGGAGCAAUCAGGGAGGCUGUGGAGGAAAAGGCUCAACUACCUCCUCCCUAUCCUCUUCAUCCUCCUCUUCUUCCUCAUCCUCAUCUUCAUCCUUAGAGCUACUGAACAGGGUAGAGUCUCGCAGCUCCAGCCAGCUUUCCUGGCUCUCUGUAUCUAUGGACGCAGCUUUGGGUUGCAGGACGAACAUUUUCCAGAUUCAGCGAGUAUCAGGCAGGAAGCAUGCUGACCGGCACUCAGCUGGGGGCUCUACAGGAUCUGGAACACUGGGAGGAGGAGUAUCAGGCACUGCUACUGGUGUCACAUGUGCUGGAGGUGGAGGUUCUACUGUCCACAUCCACCCACAGGCUGCACCUGUGGUCUGCAGACAUGUGUUGGACACUCUUAUUCAGCUAGCUAAGGUGUUCCCCAGCCACUUCACCCAGCAGCGCUGUAAAGAUCUGUCAGCAUCUUCUUCUGAUCUGGACUCUCGUCUUUGUUCAGUAACCUCUGGGGGAGGUGGUGGAGGUGGUGGCUCAAGGUCAGGGUCGCAAUCUAACAACCCCAGCUCCAAUGCCCCCAACACCCAGAACUCAUUGGGUUCCUCUGCGGCUGCCCUCCAGUCUCUGGGAAUCUCCACUGAUUUUUGGGACCUUUUGGUCAAGCUGGACAACAUGAAUGUCAGCCGCAAGGGCAAAGCCUCCAUGAAGACAGUGCCUCUUGGGGGCAGUGCAGAGGCUGAGGGGGCUCAGUUUAGUUUGGAGUCCUCCCCUCUAGGUCAGCUGAUGAACAUGCUGUCUCACCCAGUAAUCAGACGGAGCUCCUUGCUCACUGAAAAGCUGCUGCGCCUGCUUUCCCUCAUAUCCAUCGCCCUACCUGACAACAAGGCCACCGAGGUGCCUGCUGGACACCCCACCCCACAGGCUGCCAACCCCAGUGUGGCAACCAGCUCAGGAGCCAUGGCCCAAAUCACAUCACAGGGCUUGGUUUCGGCAGGGUCUACCCAGCCCACUGUGGCAGGCUCAGGGGUCUCUGUGGGAACGGUAUCCCAAGGUACAUCCUCAGGGACAACAGUAACAGCUUCUCAGACGUCCUCUACAACAAUCUGUAUACCCACAUCCACUGGAAUAACCUCUUCAGGGAAACAGAGAGCCACUGGAAGCAGUACAGAAAGUGACAACAAACUGGCCUCAUCUGGGCUCACAGAAAAACAGCUCCAGCUCUCUGUUGAGGUGUUGACGUCUCACUCAUGCUCAGAGGAGGGUCUGGAGGAUGCAGCUAAUAUUCUGCUGCAGUUAUCCAGAGGAGAUGGUUCCACCAGAGACACUGUGCUCAGACUGCUGCUCAGUGGGGCCAGACACCUCGGAUACACUCUGUGUAAACAGAUCGGCACGUUAUUAGCUGAACUAAGAGAAUACAACUUGGAGCAGCAGAGACGGGCACAUGCUGAUUCACAUUCCCCAGAUGCUCCUCCUGAGGAUUCCUCCAUCUCAGCCAGACUGAAGGGCAAGAUGACCAGCAGGUUGGGGCACAGGUUUGAUGGGGCGGAGAGUGUGGUCAUUGUGGCUGCACAGAAGCGUACUCUCGGAGGACGAGAACUCCAGCUCCCCUGCAUGAGCUCACUGACCUCCAAGACAUCAACACAGAAGUUUUUCCUGCGAGUGCUGCAAGUCAUUAUCCAGCUCCGUGAGGACACGCGUCGCGCCAACAAGAAAGCCAAACAGACAGGGCGGUUAGGUUCCACCAGUUUGGGCUCAGCCAGCAGUAUCCAGGCUGCCGUGCGUCAGCUGGAGGCUGAGGCUGACGCCAUCAUCCAGAUGGUGAGAGAGGGUCAGAGGGCUCGCAGGCUCCAACAGGCCCCCCCACCAACCGCCUCUUCUGCUACUGCUGCCGCCGCCGCUGCUGCUGCCGGAUCCUCGGUGGCUGCCCCCCAUGCCCCCACUGGUGCUGCUCCCCCUGCUGGCACGGCUGCUGCUGCCACGUCUGAAGUUCAGUCAAUGUCAGAAGCACAGGCAGCCAACAGGGAUGACUCUCCAAUGGAUGUGGACCAGCCAUCUCCUCUGGAUCAGGACCCUGCUUCUCUGGAUGAAGAUGGAAACGGCCAGUCAGAAAGCGAGGAGAGACUUCCUGACCUCCCACUACUCAGUGAGCAGCUGUUGUUGGAUGAACUCUGGGACAUGCUUGGGGAGUGCCUGAAAGAGCUGGAGGAGUCCCAUGACCAGCAUGCCGUACUGGUUCUCCAGCCUGCUGUGGAGGCCUUCUUCCUGGUCCAUGCCACAGAGCGGGAGAGCAAACCUCCUGUGAGGGACACCAGGGAGAGCCAGCUAUCUCACAUCAAAGAUGAGCCUCCACCACUGUCACCAGCACCCCUAACACCAGCCACACCUUCAUCCCUUGACCCCUUCUUUUCCAGGGAACCAUCCUCCAUGCACAUCUCUUCAAAUCUGCCACCAGACACGCAGAAGUUCCUCCGCUUUGCUGAAACUCACCGCACAGUGCUUAACCAGAUCCUGCGCCAGUCCACCACUCACUUGGCUGAUGGGCCAUUUGCAGUCCUGGUUGACUACAUACGCAUCCUGGACUUUGAUGUGAAGCGGAAGUACUUCCGGCAGGAGUUGGAGCGACUGGAUGAAGGCCUAAGGAAGGAGGAUAUGGCUGUGCACGUGAGGAGAGAUCACGUGUUUGAGGACUCCUACAGGGAGCUGCAUCGCAAGAGCCCAGAGGACAUGAAGAAUAGGCUGUACAUUGUGUUUGAAGGGGAGGAGGGCCAGGAUGCCGGUGGCCUGCUGAGAGAAUGGUACAUGAUCAUCUCCCGGGAAAUGUUCAACCCCAUGUACGCCUUGUUCCGCACUUCGCCAGGCGACCGAGUAACCUAUACCAUCAACCCCUCAUCCCACUGCAACCCCAACCACCUCAGCUACUUCAAGUUUGUUGGUCGAGUGGUGGCAAAGGCCGUCUAUGAUAACCGGUUAUUGGAGUGCUACUUCACCCGCAGUUUCUACAAGCACAUCCUGGGCAAGAGUGUCAGGUACACAGACAUGGAGAGUGAGGACUACCCAUUCUUCCAGGGCUUGGUGUACUUGUUGGAGAACGACGUAUCCACACUGGGUUAUGAGCUGACAUUCAGCACAGAGGUCCAGGAGUUUGGGGUGUGCGAAGUGAGAGACCUCAAGCCAAACGGAGCCAAUAUCCUGGUUACCGAGGAAAACAAAAAGGAGUAUGUGCACUUGGUAUGCCAGAUGAAGAUGACAGGUGCGAUUCGCAAGCAGCUGGCAGCCUUCCUCGAGGGAUUCUAUGAGAUCAUCCCCAAGAGGUUGAUCUCCAUCUUCACUGAGCAGGAGCUGGAGCUGCUCAUCUCCGGCCUGCCUACUAUUGACAUCGAUGACCUCAAGGCUAAUACUGAAUAUCACAAAUACCAGUCCAGCUCCAUUCAGAUCCAGUGGUUCUGGAGAGCUUUGCGUUCCUUUGACCAGGCGGACAGGGCAAAGUUCCUCCAGUUUGUCACCGGCACAUCCAAGGUUCCACUCCAGGGUUUCGCUGCUUUGGAGGGCAUGAAUGGCAUCCAGAAAUUCCAGAUCCACCGUGACGAUCGCUCCACUGACCGUCUGCCAUCUGCUCAUACCUGCUUUAACCAGCUGGACCUCCCAGCUUACGAGAGCUACGAGAAGCUGAGACAUAUGCUGCUGUUGGCCAUUCAGGAAUGCUCAGAGGGAUUCGGACUGGCUUAAACUAUGAGACUCUUAACACACACGGACAUGCAUACACUUGAUUUAGAUUUGCCUACUCCUGACACACUCACACUGAUAACCUUUGAACGCACGCACACACUAUCAUAGACAUUACUGGAUAACUUGUUGAAUUGCCUAGACUUCCUGGUUUCUAUUCCAUAUAAAACAGUUAAAACCAGCAAGUGAAAUGGACUGAUUGACAUUGCAUACAACACAGAGAGCCUCAUAUUGACACAAUUGUGUCUCCCUUCCCAAUUUAAUGGCAAAUGCAAGAGUGGAUUCAGAGGAUAAAACAUGGACUAAUAUAAGAGAUGUUUUCUUCAUUUAGUUUGAUUUCUCUGUACAAAAGGUUUGGGAGUUUAUUAUGUUUAAUCUUUUUUGUUCUCUGGCUGUGUAAAAAGAAAAAAGAGAAUGUUGUUUGAACAGGAUGGUUAUAAAACCUUUGGGGAAAAAAUGUUGGUGGUUUCUUGUUGCAAAUUUGUGACCUCACAAGCCUUGAUGAUGGGGAACAUUUUACGGGGGGUAUAUGAACAACUUGAGAAGUUUUGGAGAUAUUCACAAAAAUGCACUUUUCAAAGUUUUGUGGCAUUUUUAAGGAAGGAUGGUACAAAAAAAAUGAAGAGAAAACCUGAAGGAGAUUUAAAAAAAACAUUAACCAUAAAUUCUAGAGUAUUUUUGGCUAUUAAAUCGCUGACCCAGCCUUGAGCCUUUGAAUCAGAGUGGAAUAACUACAUGAAUAAAUGCAUAAAAUUGC